AAAAACAAAAAAAAAAAUACUAUUAUUAAUACAUUUGGAAAUUGCUCAAUCUAUCUUCUCUAUUUUCUUGAUCUCCCUCUCCCAAAUAAUCAAAGCUUAGCUUCCAAUUUUCUCGAAGAAAACGAAAAAAGGGAUAGCAAACUAACAUGUCGGGUGGAAUCGGGCCAUGCAGUGACAUACAUCUCCAGAAGGAGAAGGAGGAGCAGACGGCGGCGGUGACGGAAGUAGCAGGGAAGCCGGCGCGGCGGGGAUUUUUGAGCUUACGGCAGCUGAACGUGUUGGCGGUGAUGAUGGUGCUGUCGGCCAGCGGCAUGGUGAGCAUGGAAGAUUUGGGGUUUGUGGUGUUCUCAAUCAUCUACUUGUAUUUCAUCUCCAAGGCGGCGUUUCCGCAGACCACUCCGCCGUGGACUGGUUCCGUGUUUGGCCAAAAUAACCGGACCCUCCGCCUCUAUAUGUUGACUUCGGCGGUCAUCGGCUUGCUUCUCCCCGUAGCCUAUAUUUUUGAAGGUAUUGUUGAAGGGGACAAGGAGGGCAUUAAGGCAGCAGUUCCGCACUUGUUUCUAUUGGGCAGCCAGGUGUUCAUGGAAGGGGUGGCGUCCACAGAGCGGUUCUCAUUGCCGGUCCGGGUUUUCGUGCCGGUUUUCUACAACGCCAAGAGGAUUUUCACCCUGGCUGAGUGGCUGAGAAGUGAGAUAUCCAAGGAGAGUAGUGGGCGGAGGUUGUACGUUGGGAGAGGUCUGGCGGUUGCCAAUAUGGCGUUUUGGUGCUUUAACUUGUUUGGGUUCUUGGUGCCGGUUUACCUCCCUAAGGCCUUCAAGAUUUACUAUUCCAACCACAAGCAUAAUAAUUAAGGACUAAUUAUAUUAUUAUUACUAGUUGUCACUCAUUUGUUUUAUCCUAACCAAUGUUAUUUUGUUCU